AUGUUGGUCGGAGCAGCUGAUGACGAGGGUCAACCGCCUGGUCUGCCUGACAGACUAGCUGUGCCUGAAGGAACUUCGGAAGGCGGUCGCAGAAUGCUUUUCAAACAAACUCAUAAGGUUCCAAGUCAAGAGUACCUCUCUGUGACCAUCGAGCCGAGUGCCAACGAAAGCCGUAGCGAGGAGAUGGAUCUGAUACCGGUAGCGAAAGGUGUUUCACUCAGAGAUGCCUUGUACACACUGUUAGAUCGACGCGGACUCAGCGUGUCCAUGGUGAAUGUUUAUCAAGAUGGACCCUCGAAGAAGGCGGCGAACCUAUCAACGGACACCCAAAAAUUCGCAGGAUGCCACUUCCGUAUAAAAGUUAAAGAAGGCCAUGUCGAAGGCCACAGCGUCACACGAGCGAAUUCUACAUCGUCGCUUCCGACUGGAGGUCAGCAGGCCUCAUGGAAGAGUUCUUCCAGUUUGGGUCCAAGGACAAACUCGUCAAAUACCAAUUUGCGCGAGAAGGAUGCGAAGAAGAUGGUUUCAGGUUCCAUGGCCGGCUCCCAGAGAGGUCGACGAGGGGGUAUCACGACAGAUGAUGCCAGUGAUUUCGGCCAAUUAGCUUUCGAUGCGCAAAGCUCGUGGCGCAACUCGAAGGGGCGGCAGGCUCUGGGCCGGAAAACCGGUCUCCUUGCGACAGCAUAUAGAACGGACAAGGCAUCACAAGAUAAGGAGGACAUGCGCGUCUUGACAGAGCUCCUCAAUCAAUAUGCGCUGACAGGGAUACCGGCGCUGUCGUUGAGCGUGCAAGGACAAAUUGGAGGUCAUUUCGAGGAAGAUACGCUCGCCAUGGAGGAUUCUUGGCGACAGCUCGUUAAUGAUCCUGAGGUUCUGGACAAGCAAUGCCAAUCACAGCAAGAGGCGCUUUGGGAGCUUUUGACUACCGAGGCGGCGUACGUCAAAACGCUGAAAGUCGUAGUGGAGUUAUUUCUCUGCACUCUAUGCAAUCUACAAGAUAACGGACUCUUGAACGAAAUCGACGUGGAUCGAAUGUUCAGCAACAUUGUUGACAUUUUCUCGGUGAAUCGAUCUUUUUGGAAUACUUGCCUCUUCCCCAUGCUGCGCGACAGUCGAAAUCAACGGAUCCCCCUGAAUCCCCUUCGAUUGAGGGAUGGCUUCAUCCGUUUCGAAGAACGCUUCGAGCCCUACGUGAAAUACUGCUUGGAGCAACAGACUUGUCUUGCCUACAUCAAGGAGAAUCGCCACGAAUCAGUGCUGUUCAAGAGUUACGUUGCGUGGUGUGAAUCUCAAAAGGAAUGCAGUCGACUGCGCUUCUCAGACCUCCUGGUGAAACCGAUGCAGCGACUUACGAAAUAUCCCCUGCUAUUGAAGGCUAUACUCAAAAAAACUGAUAUUGCCGAGGUGAGAGGCGGACUCAUCGAAAUGAUAGACGGUGUGGAGCGCUUCGUUUGCAAUGUCGAUGCCCGGCUUCGUCAACGGCAUGAACUUGAUCGGCUCGAAGCCAUCAUAGGUCGUAUAGAGUCCUACGAGCCAUUCGAUACCUCCAAUGACGAGAUAGAGAAAGCCUUGAAAGAGGCAUGUAUGCUUGAUCUCACUUGUGCAAUGCCCGGAUGCAUUCCACAACAAAACCGGCACCUUUUGGCUGAGGUGCCAAACAUCAAACUACGCGACGCUUCCAGCAGCGGCAAAGUGGACGUGCAUUGUUUAUUACUCACGGACAUGCUUCUGAUUUGUAAAUCCGUUGGAAGAAAAGGUCACGACAAACUGAAAGUGAUUCGUCAACCGUUUGUUGUCGACAGGAUUGUCGUGCGCGAUCUCCGAGACGCGUCUCUUCUACUUGUUUAUAUGAGCGAAUAUCGGGUGGCGACCUCGUACCUUCAAUUAUUUGGUCAAGAGAUGACUUUGAGAAUAUUCACGGAGCAGUUGAAGAAAGCCCAGGAGCAGUUCGGAAGAGCGCAAGCCUUCGCACACCGUCACGCGCAUACGGGCGUUGUCUGCCUACCUGGACUAGGCGAUGACGAUGAGGAGGAUCUUUCGCUACGGCCAUCACUAUUGACAGCGGCUACCCGCUGCUCUCCUCGUAGCUCAAGUCAUUCGAGUCUCGUGCAUUCUCAUUCAGGAUCCAUUGAUAUGUCGGACCCAGUAUCGACGAGUUCACAGGCUCCAACGGUGCCAUGCCCCACUCCGUUGUUCGGAGCUACCAGCGGGAGCCCUCAGGGACGCGCGACGAGUUUCGAGCUGGGUGAACUCCACCGGCAAGACAGUUCUUGUCAAUUGGAUCAUCCCGACUUCAUGCAUCAACAGAGAUCACGUAGCAUGGAAACGAGAACGUCAUCAGUCUGCGUCACUGUCACUAGUCCUCGGCCUGAACGAAGAGCGUUCCUAUUGAAAGGCUGUUCUCCGAUGAGUAUGCCAUCGUCGUCGAGCUCAAACACCUUGACAGUCUCCGUUCCUUUUCAACAGCAGCAGCAGCUGCAACACUUUAGCUCAGGGAUCGGUGAAGCGGCAGCAGCAGUAGCAGCGGCAGCAGGAGAUAGACAAGAAUUCCACAGCUCGUCGAUACAGAUUCCGGCGGUAUCGGCUCCAAAGACGCUGUCUCCCCACAGUCCGCCGUCGCCGCGCGCUUUGCAGAAAACUCAGUUUUUGCAGAGCCCCAACAAACCCCCGUUGCUGAAGACAAAAAACGUUUCCGGAUUGGUGACGCAUAGCAAUCCUCCUUCUGAGGGACCGAGUCCUGUUCACAGCUUGGAUAACAGUGAACCCUUAUCACAAUCGACCAGCUCACCGGAGCAUGCUCGGCUUCCUGUGGCCGUACCUGCAGUUGUUUCGGCCGAAGCGCCCGCUAUCCCGGGACAAGAAACUCCAAGAACUACUUGUCCUGUCGCAAGCUCAGAAGAAAUAGCCUGUACAAAAACGCCAACGAGGGCGGCAGCGACGACGUCGACAAGCUCACCCGUCGACGUCAAGAGGAAGGAGGAUCGAGAGAGGCCGUGCAGAGACUUGCCACCACCACCUCCGAGAAGAGCACCCAGACCCGAUGCAAGGCGUCAUCAUACUGCGGACUCGUUCGAGCACUUGAAACAAAGCCGCGACGCUUCCAUACACAAACGACUUUCCUGGAAUUGUGGACAACAACAUUCAGAGACAGCUGUACCCUCAAUGGUACCAGGGGGAGCCGCGAGAGUCACACCCCAGCAGCAGAUGGUUUCUGACUUGCGCUCCCGGAAUCAAUGUCUCAGUUCAGAGUCGGUGUACAGCUCGAGCGGAGUUAGUAGUACAGGAUCUCUGUUGUUCAGCGCAGCUGAUGAACCUGCGGGUGCCAAUUCAGCGUCCGAAGGAUAUGCAUUCCCCCAGCAGACCAUCGUCAUUAAUGGAAUUGACCCCUUCGAAGACGACCCCAUUCAGGAAGAAGACGAAACUUCUGUGGCGGACGAGACGCCACAACCAGUACCCGUCGGAAGGCAUCAUCCUCAAAAGACUCAGAGGCCCGGCUUCAACGGAGGGAGUCAGGGAACACGGAUCAAAAUAGACAUAUCCGAGGUGAAAAUAUGA